AUGAGAAAAAAAUUAUCAGCGAAGAAUCAAAAAAAAACUAAGCGAUGCUUUGGCUGUUAUAAGUUGAUCAUAUGGUCAAUAACACUUUUGGAGGAAAUGCUCACAAUGCCUAUCCCAUCUGACGACACAUUGAUACCGAAACCGAAACCUAUAACCAAGGAAACGGACCCGCUACACAUAAUUAAGACAAGGCAAAGGACACAUGGUAGACCUGCGACCAUUGCGGGCCCAAUGGUUCGCUAUUCUAAGCUGCCAUUCCGCCAAUUGUGUCGAGAGUACGAUGCUGAUAUUGUUUACUCUCCGAUGAUUUUAGCAAGGGAAUAUGUCCGUAAUGAACAUGCAAGAACUUCUGACCUCUCUACGAAUGAUAAAGACGCCCCAUUAAUCGUACAAGUUGGUGUAAAUAACGUUGCUGACCUACUAAAAUUUGUAGAAAUGGUCGCACCUUACUGUGAUGGUGUUGGCAUUAACUGUGGGUGUCCUAUAAAGGAACAAAUCCGCGAAGGUAUAGGUUGUGCCUUGAUAUACAACUCAGAAUUAUUAUGUGGUAUGGUUCGUGCUGUGAAAGAUAAAUAUGGCGACAAACUGAGAAUUGAAACGAAAAUAAGAAUACAUGAAAAAGUGGACGACACGGUGGAGUUAUGCCGAAACUUAUGUGAUUCUGGAGUGGAUUGGAUUACGAUUCAUGGUCGAACACGCAGAACUAGAUCAUCGCAGCCCGUUAAUCUAGAUGCAAUAAAAUAUAUUAUCGAAAAGAUCAGCGAUAAAAAUGUGCCUGUCAUAGCGAAUGGGGACUGUUUCAAGUCAUCUGAUUUGGAAAGAAUCACUAAAUAUACCGGUGCGUCUGGUGUCAUGGCUGUACGUGGAUUGUUAAGCAAUCCGGCGUUAUUUGCAGGGUAUGAUACCUGUCCGUGGGGGUGCAUUGAAAAGUUUUGGUAUUGGGCGCUAGAAUUUGGUGGCUUACCCUUUCAAUUGACUCAGCACCAUCUUUAUUGCAUGUUUGAGAGUAUGCAGUUGAGAAAACCGCUUUUGAAGGAAAUGAUGAAUCUUAAGAACUAUGCAUGCUUGAUAGGCUGGUUUGAUAAAACCUUCGAUUUCAAGCGUUUCGGCGAGGUUGGAUAUGGUGAGGCUGUUGAAAUCCCCUAUAGGCACACUAAGGACUGUGUAUCAAGCGCACCUCAGAAAUUGCAAAACGAGAAUGAAUAA